AUGAAUACAUCACAGAUGAAUAUGAAACAUUGUGUUCUCUUCUGUAUUUUUGGGAGAAUAGAAAUGCCUACUUUCAACCCUUUUGAGAAAACACCAUCCCCUGAGCCCCUGACCCCGUUCAGAACACCACCAUCACCCAAGCCCCCGACCCCGUUCAGAACACCACCAUCACCCAAGCCCCCGACCCCGUUCAGAACACCACCAUCACCCAAGCCCCUGACCCCGUUCAGAACACCACCAUCACCCAAGCCCCCGACCCCGUUCAGAACACCACCAUCACCCAAGCCCCUGACCCCAUUCAGAACACUACUCCCCAAGCCCCUGACCUUGUUCAGAACACCACCACCCCGAACCCCCGACCCUUUCAGAACACCACCCCCCAAGCCCCCAACCUUGUUCAAAACACCACCCCCCCAAGCCCCCAACCCCGUUCAGAACACCCACCGAGUCCCCGACCCUUUCAGAACACCACAACCCCCUCAAGCCCCCGACCCCGUUCAGAACACCACAACCCCAAGCCCACCUCACUGUUCAGAACACAACCCCCAACCCCCCAACCCCGUUCAGAACACCACCCCCCAAGCCCCCAACCCUGUUCAGAAUACCAUCCCCCAAGCCCCUGACCCCAUUCAGAACACCACCCCCCAAACCCCUGACCCCGUUCAGAACAACAUCAAAGUCCACACACCUGGCCAGAAAGGGGUUUGGGAACUUAGGAAGUUAGAGUACAAGAAACAUGAUUCAGCAAAACCAAGUACCAGAGGAAAGGCAUGA